CUUGCGGCCACCAUCAACGAAUCCUUCUCGGCAAGGCGGCGGCGGUGCGAUGAGUGGAAAGAAGAGCGUGGUGAAGAACCGAGCCCCAGCGCCGAUCCAAAUUACAGCGGAGCAGCUUCUACGUGAAGCACAAGAGCGGAAAGAAGAGUCUGUGAAGCCGUCUCGACGACGCAUCACUGAUGUCGAAGAGCUCGAGGAGUACCGCAUGAGCAAGCGCAAGACAUUCGAAACAGAGAUCCGACGGCAGCGACAUCACUUGGGCACGUGGAUCAAGUAUGCACAAUGGGAGGAAACCCAGCACGAGUUUGCUCGUGCUCGGUCUGUGUUUGAACGUGCACUAGACGUGGAUUACAAGAACCAUUCCCUUUGGCUUAAGUAUGCCGAAAUGGAGAUGAAGAACAAGUUCAUCAAUCAUGCGCGAAAUGUGUGGGACCGUGCCGUGAGCUUGCUGCCUCGAGUGUCUCAGUUCUGGUACAAGUACGCGUUCAUGGAAGAGAUGGUUGGAAACCUCGACGCGGCGCGAGCGAUCUUUGAGCGAUGGAUGGAGUGGCAGCCCGACGAUCAAGCAUGGUACUCGUACAUCAAACUGGAAGUUCGUGCAAAGGAAAUCGAGCGCGCCAGGGCCAUCUACGAGCGGUAUUUGAUGUGCCACGUCGCCGAGCGAGCGUACCUCAAGUUCGCCGCUUGGGAAGAAAAGGGGCAGGACCUCGCGCGCGCCCGAACCAUCUACGAGCGCGCGAUGGUCGAAUUGCGUGAAGACGAGCGCAGUGAAAAGACAUACAUUGCAUUCGCGGCCUUUGAAGAGCGUUGCAAGGAAUUUGAGCGAGCGCGCGCCAUUUACAAGCACGCGUUGGACACGUUGCCGAAGGACAGCGCGGUGAAUCUAUACAAUGCAUUCAUCAACUUUGAGAAACAGAAUGGUGAUCGAAGCCGCGUCGAGGAAGUGGUCAUUGCGAAGCGCCGCGUGCAUUACGAAACCCAAGUGGCCAAGAACCCGAUGGACUACGACUCGUGGUUUGAGUACAUUCAACUGGAGGAAGCCGAGGGCAAUGAAAGCUUGACGAGAGAAGUGUACGAGCGCGCCAUUGCCAACGUCCCGCCGGUCCACGAGAAGAUCUUUUGGCGACGAUACAUCUUUCUCUGGAUCAAGUAUGCAGUGUACAUGGAGCUGGUGGUGGAGUCGACGGAAGAUGCCCGGCAGGUGUACCAGCAGUGCUUGGCUGUCAUUCCCCACACAACGUUUACGUUUUCCAAGGUGUGGGUGCUGUACGCCAAGUUUUUAAUUCGACAAAAGGACGUGGCGGGCGCGCGCCGCGUCCUGGGCGAAGCGCUCGGUCGAUGUGCGACAACCAAGCUCUUCCGCAGCUACAUUGCGCUGGAACUCAUGAUGGGCGAAGUCGACCGAUGCCGAAAGCUGUAUGAAAAGUGGCUGGUCUUUGCCCCGCACAACUGCGUCGCUUGGAAACAGUACGCUGAUUUGGAGAGUGGCGUCGGUGAAGUCGACCGGGCCCGCGCCAUCUUUGAGUUGGCCAUCCAGCAGCAAGUGUUGGACAAACCCGAAAUGAUGUGGAAGGCGUAUAUCGAUUUUGAAAUUGAGAACGAAGAACUGGACAAUACGCGCGAACUGUACGAGCGGCUGCUGGAGCGAACCAAGCAUGUCAAGGUGUGGAUCAGCUUUGCGCAGUUUGAAGGAACGCACUUCGACGCGGACACGGCUCGCGACGUGUUUGACCGGGCGUCCAAGUGUCUCAAGGAAGAGGAGAAGAAGGAGGAUCGCUUGCAGCUUGUUCAAGCAUGGAUCGCAUUUGAAGAGGCGUUGCCGGGCAACGACGUUGCGAAUAUUCAAAAGGCACAGAAAUUGCUCCCGCGGUCGGUGCAAAAGCAGCGAAUGGCAUAUGCGGCGGAUGGGUCGGAGCUCGGCAUGGAAGUGUACACAGACUACGUCUUUCCCGACGAAGAAAAGUCCCAGGCAAAUCUCAAGUUGCUGCAGGCGGCGCUGCUGUGGAAAAAGCGGGCACGCGAAGAGUAGUCGCUGACUUAACCAUCGUCUCAAGAGGAAAUAUUACACCGUCCAUGUGGGCAGGGGAUCGCUCGAGUCGUCACCACGCAGAUGACCGACCGCCCAGCAGACACAGCACUUGUUCCGCGGAUGGUCUACAGAAAGGUACCGGUCAAAGGGGUUGAGCGCCGUCAUGGACGUGACAAGGCCGAACUCGG